CCAGUCCUCGCUGGGCUGUUCCUGUCCAUGUGCCUGGUCGCGGUGCUGGGGAACCUGUUCAUCAUCCUGGCCGUCAGCCCUGACUCCCACCUCCACACCCCCAUGUACUUCUUCCUCUCCAACCUGUCCUUGCCUGACAUCAGUUUCACCUCCACCACAGUCCCCAAGAUGUUUGUGAACAUCCAACCUCACAGCAGAGUCAUCUCCUAUGCCGGCUCCCUGACCCAGAUGUCUCUUUUUGCCAUUUUUGGAGGCAUGGAAGAAGACAUGCUCCUGAGUGUGAUGGCUGUAGACUGGUUUGUAGCCAUCUGUCACCCUCUAUAUUAUUCAGUCAUCAUGAACCGGUGUUUCUGUGGCUUCCUAGUUCUGUUGCUUUUUUUUCUCAGUCUUUUAGACUCCCAGCUGUACAAUUUGGUUGCCUUACAAAUUACCUGCUUCAAGGAUGUGGAAAUUCCUGAUUUCUUCUGUGACCCUUCUCAGUUCCCCCACCUUGCAUGUUGUGAUACGUUCACUAAUAACAUAGUCAUGUAUUUCCCUGCUGCUGUAUUUGGUUUUCUUCCCACCUUGGGGAUCCUUUUAUCUUACUAUAAAAUUGUUUCCUCAAUUCUGAGGGUUUCAUCAUCAGGUGGGAACUAUAAAGCCUUCUCCACCUGUGGGUCUCACCUGUCAGUUGUGUGCUUAUUUUAUGGAACAGGCAUUGGAGGGUACCUCAAUUCAGAUGUGUCAUCUUCCCCCAGAAAGGGUGCAGUGGCCUCAGUGAUAUACACGGUGGUCACCCCCAUGCUAAACCCCUUCUACAGCCUGAGAAACAGGGAUAUUAAAAGUGUCCUGCGGUGGCCGCAAGGCAGAACAGUCUAAUCUCAGUAUCUUGUUAUCUGUUCCAUUCCUUUUGUAAUGUGGGUUAAAAAAGGCAGCAAGGU